GAUGAUGAUGGUGGUUGUGCUGGUGGUAGAUGUAAACAAGAGGCCAGCACGUGUUACGCAGGGCACAGGACACCGCUAUAGGACGUCACCAGGCGCAGAGGUCUCAUCGUCACGGCCCUGAAGGAAGGAGAGGAUGAAAAAGAUCAUAUUUGAAAGAUCAACGAGGCUUUAAAUAGGAAGAGGCGGAACAGCAGCAUUUAAAACUGUCCUUCCCCACUCCAGUGCCAUACAGGAGCCAUGGGGGACGCCGCGCCCCUACUGAGUGAGAAUGGCGGGGAGGGCGAGGAAAGGAGGCCCAAGAGACGCAAGCCGGGCAUCGUGUACUUGUCCUCCAUCCCGCCCAACAUGAACGUGGCCAAGAUCAGGCAGUACUUCAGCGCCUAUGGCGAGUUGGGCAGGGUGUUCCUGCAAGCUGUGGAAAAAGACGACAAGAGCAAAGGCGGCAAGGGGAAGAAAUUCAAAAAGAGUCUGCACUUCACGGAGGGGUGGCUGGAGUUUAAGAGCAAGAGGAAGGCCAAGCAGGUUCACGUGUGCCUCAAUAACCAGCCAGUCGGGGGGAAGAGGAAGAACCAUUUUUACGACAUGCUGUGGAACAUUAAAUAUCUGCCCAGGUUCAAGUGGGCAUACCUGAAGCAGCGACUGGAGUACGAGAGGGAGAUGACAAGGCAACGCAUGGGGGCGGAGAUAUCACAGGUCAGGAAGGAGACUGACCACUUCCUCAAGCUCUCAGAGAUCAGCAAGAAGAAGAAGAAGAGGAAGAACCAGGAGACAGGAAAGGAAGGGAAGGAAGGAGAGGUUUCUGAUGCUACCAAGACUGAAAAUAAGGAUAACCUUUUUGUCUUCAAGCAGAAAGAGACCGAAGAGGAGAAACUGAGUAAAAAGGAGGAAAGGAAGAGGAAAAAUGAACUGUUUAAGAAAAGGAUAGCACAGAAGAAGAAAAAGAAGCAGAAGAAGAAAACAGACAAGCCUGAAGAUUUCUUGGGGUCUGUGUUUGUUGGGGCCACUUAAGUAAACCUGUGCUGGCUAGCGUGGCAGUCUUGUGUGUGUAAUAAAAUGAUUGAUAUGAC